CCCUUCCAUUUCUAAUCCUGCUUUCUAGUCCAUAAAUCUUUUCUUGUCUCUUUUUCUAGUAGCCAAGAAAAAUGAACGAAUCUAAGGAAAUUUUAACCAAAAUUUUCGAUUCUGCCAAACACAUUUCCUCCACCAAGAAGCACAAGAAAAUUUUCUUGGCAGUUUUAGCAUGUUUAGUGAUUGUUGCUGCAUUAAUCGGCAUUGUUGCGAAAGAGAAUUCACGAAAUAAAUUCGAUGAAACCAAUACAUCCCAUCAUGCCAUAGUGAAAUCUGCUUGUAGCAGCACAUUCUACCCUGAUUUAUGCUUCUCAGCCAUUGCAGCCGCCGCCGCCAAAAAUUUUACCGGCAAAAAGGACGUCAUCAGAUUGUCACUAAACAUCACGGCCAGCGCCGUUGAACACAACUACUUCAAAAUCAAUAAGCUGUUGGCUCGAACGGGACUCACUGAGCGUGAAGUUACUGCUCUCCAGGAUUGUUUGGAGACCAUAAAUGUGACCCUGGACGAGCUUCACCAAGCUGUUGAGGAUCUGCAUGGGUAUCCUUACAAGAAACCAUUGACUCAACAUGCGGAUGAUCUCAAGACACUGAUAAGUGCCGCCAUGACCAACCAAGAAACUUGCUUGGAUGGUUUCUCUCAUAAAAAUGCCGAUAAGGAAGUCCGUAAAGCCCUGAUUGAUGGUGAGAAGUAUGUUGAGAAGAUGUGCAGCAAUGCGCUUGCAAUGAUCAAGAACAUGACGGACGUGGAUAUUGCAAACGAGAUGCUCAUCAAGAGAUCAAACAGGAAGCUCGAGGAGGAAGGAAAUGGCAUUGGCUGGCCAAGGUGGUUGUCCACUGGAGACCGGCGUAGGCUUCGAUCGUCUUCGGUGAUCCCUAACGUGGUUGUGGUCGCAGAUGGUAGCGGAGACUACAAAACAGUGUCGGAAGCGGUGGCCAAAGCACCGGUAAACAGCAGGAAAAGAUAUGUCAUUAGAAUCAAAGCAGGUGUCUAUAGAGAAAACGUGGAAAUCCCCAGUAAUAAGACUAACAUAAUGUUCAUCGGAGAUGGAAGAAGUAGAACGAUCAUCACCGGAAAAAGGAACGUGGUCGAUGGUAGUACAACUUUCCGCUCUGCCUCUGUUGCUGUGGCUGGUGAAGGGUUCCUUGCUCGAGACAUAACGUUCGAGAACACCGCCGGUCCGUCCAAGCACCAAGCCGUUGCCCUCCGUGUCAGCGCUGAUCUUUCAGCAUUCUAUCAAUGCAACAUGAUAGCAUACCAAGACACUCUCUAUGUUCACUCCCAAAGACAAUUCUUUGUAAAUUGCCUCAUAACAGGAACCGUUGAUUUUAUCUUCGGCAAUGCAGCGGCGGUAUUCCAAAACUGCGACAUCCGUGCUCGAAGACCCCACAGAGGGCAGAAAAACAUGGUGACAGCACAAGGCAGGACUGACCCCAACCAAAACACCGGAAUUGUUUUUCAGAAAUGUAGAAUAGGUGCCACCUCUGAUUUGCAGAGCGUUAAGAACAACUUCCCGACGUAUCUCGGCAGGCCCUGGAAGGAAUAUUCAAGGACCGUGAUACUGCAAUCGGACAUUAGCGAUGUGAUCCAACCUGCAGGGUGGCACGACUGGAAUGGGAGUUUUGCCUUGAAGACAUUGUUCUAUGGCGAGUACCAGAACACCGGGGCAUCUGCCGGAACUCAUGCGAGAGUGAAAUGGGAAGGUCACAAGGUGAUCACUAAUGAAAGUGAGGCUCAAUCGUAUACUGCUGACAAGUUCAUUUCUGGUGGAAGUUGGUUAUACUCUACAGGCUUUCCUUUCUCUCUUGAUUUAUAAGUUAAACUAGUAUGGUUAUUCAGGCUUAGUUAUUUAUUUCUUAAUUAAAUUAUAAUCAUAAUUUCCUUAAAA